AUGGAGGUCGGCGCGGAGGCCAAGCGGAUAAUGGUGGUGGCUUUGGGCAAACUUUACACCUCCAGGUCGCAAAGAGGAGGUCUGCGCCUUCACCGGAGUCUGCUACUCACGCUGGUUAUGAAGAGCGCACGGGAUAUGUACCACUCCGCGGCUUUGGAGGAAGAAUAUGGCGCUGGGCAGAUGACCGAGGAGCCCCAUAACCCCGAAACGCAGUGUAUAGAGGGCGAAAACUUCACUAUGGAUGAAGUUAGCGACGCUGUGACGCAACCGGAGCCAGUCAUGACCGAGCGGACUUUUACGCACGCUCUGCAGUCACGGAAGCGACGGGGAAACGCGUCGAUAGUGCCGGACUUUUUACCGCUGAAAAAGGCCAAGCUGGAGUUUGUGGUUUUGGUGGACUACGUGACGUGUGGUGACCUCGGAGCCAGCCCAUCCCCCAUACCCGUUCCAAUGGCUAUAGCGGCGUGCUGA